CGAGGCCUCCGGACUAUGUACCGGCGGAGGUCGCAGUGCUGUCCUGGCUACUACGAGAAUGGAGACUUCUGCAUACCCCUGUGUACAGAGGAGUGUGUGCACGGCCGCUGCGUUUCCCCGGACACCUGCCACUGUGAGCCCGGCUGGGGAGGGUCCGACUGCUCCAGCGGCUGCGACAGCGACCACUGGGGCCCCCACUGCAGCAACCGGUGCCAGUGCCAGAACGGCGCCCUGUGCAACCCCAUCACCGGCGCGUGCGUGUGCGCCGCCGGCUUCCGCGGGUGGCGCUGCGAGGAGCUCUGCGCGCCCGGCACCCACGGCAAGGGCUGCCAGCUGCCGUGCCAGUGUCUCCACGGCGCCAGCUGCGACCCCCGCACGGGCGAGUGCCUCUGCGCGCCCGGCUACACCGGCGUCUACUGCGAGGAGCUGUGCCCUCCCGGGAGCCAUGGAGCUCACUGCGAGCUGCGCUGCCCCUGCCAGAAUGGAGGCAUCUGCCACCACAUCACUGGCGAGUGUACCUGUCCCCCUGGCUGGACGGGAGCAGUGUGUGCCCAGCCCUGCCCACCAGGGACUUUCGGCCAGAACUGCAGCCAGGACUGUCCUUGCCACCAUGGAGGGCAGUGUGACCAUGUGACUGGACAGUGCCACUGCACAGCUGGAUACAUGGGGGACAGGUGCCAAGAGGAAUGCCCCUUUGGGACCUUCGGCUUCCAGUGCUCCCAGCGCUGUGACUGCCACAACGGGGGCCAGUGUUUGCCCACCACGGGCACCUGUGAGUGUGAGCCUGGCUACAAGGGCCCACGAUGCCAGGAGCGGCUGUGCCCUGAGGGCCUGCAUGGCCCAGGCUGUACCUUGCCCUGCCCUUGUGAUGCCAACAACACUAUCAGCUGCCACCCAGUAACUGGAGUUUGUACCUGCCAGCCGGGCUGGUCCGGCCGCCACUGCAACGAGUCCUGCCCUGCUGGCUACUAUGGUGAUGGCUGCCAGCUACCUUGCACCUGUCAGAACGGCGCUGACUGCCACAGCGUCACUGGGGGCUGCACUUGUGCCCCAGGCUUCAUGGGAGAGGUCUGUGCAGUUCCCUGUGCAGCAGGGACCUAUGGCCCCAACUGCUCAUCUGUCUGUGGCUGUAACAAUGGUGGCACCUGCUCCCCAGUAGAUGGCUCCUGCACCUGCAAGGAAGGGUGGCAGGGCCUGGACUGCACCCUGCCAUGUCCCAGUGGGACGUGGGGCCUGAACUGCAACGAGAGCUGCACCUGUGCCAAUGGGGCGGCCUGCAGCCCCGUGGACGGCUCCUGCUCCUGCACCCCUGGCUGGCUGGGAGACACCUGUGAAUUGCCCUGCGCGGAUGGCACAUUUGGGCUGAACUGCAGUGAACACUGUGACUGCAGCCAUGCCAAUGGCUGUGAUCCUGUCACAGGCUACUGCUGCUGCCUGGCUGGAUGGACAGGCAUCCGCUGUGACAGCACAUGUCCACCUGGUCGCUGGGGACCCAACUGCUCUGUCUCCUGCAGCUGCGAGAAUGGUGGCUCCUGCUCCCCAGAAGACGGGAGCUGCGAGUGCGCCCCUGGCUUCCGAGGACCCUCAUGCCAAAGAAUCUGUCCCCCGGGUUUCUAUGGCCACAGCUGCGCCCAGCCAUGCCCCCUCUGCGUGCAUAGCAGUGGGCCCUGCCACCAUGUCAGUGGUGUCUGUGAGUGCCUCCCAGGAUUCUCUGGAGCCCUCUGCAACCAAGUGUGUGCUGGAGGGCACUUUGGGCAGGACUGUGCCCAGCUCUGCUCCUGUGCCAACAAUGGGACCUGCAGCCCCAUCGAUGGCUCCUGCCAGUGCUUCCCCGGAUGGAUUGGCAAGGACUGCUCACAAGCUUGCCCAUCUGGGUUCUGGGGCCCUGCCUGCUUCCACACAUGCAGCUGCCACAACGGGGCAAGCUGCAGCACCGAGGACGGGGCCUGCCACUGCACCCCUGGCUGGACCGGACUCUUCUGCACGCAGCGCUGCCCAGCAGCGUUUUUUGGGAAGGACUGUGGGCGUGUAUGCCAGUGUCAGAAUGGCGCCAGCUGUGACCACAUCAGUGGCAAGUGCACCUGCCGCACGGGCUUCACUGGGCGACACUGUGAGCAGAGAUGUGCCCCAGGAACCUUCGGCUAUGGGUGUCAGCAGCUAUGUGAGUGCAUGAACAAUGCCACCUGUGACCACGUCACUGGCACCUGUUAUUGUAGCCCUGGAUUCAAAGGAAUCAGGUGUGACCAAGCUGCCCUCAUGAUGGAAGAGCUGAAUCCCUACACCAAAAUUGGCCCAGCACUGGGUUCAGAGCGGCACUCGGUGGGGGCUGUCACAGGCAUCGUCCUGCUGUUGCUCCUCAUUGUGGUGCUCCUGAGCCUGUUUGCCUGGCGCCGGCGGCGGCAGAAAGAGAAGGGCCGUGACCUGGGCCCCCGUGUCUCCUACACACCUGCCAUGAGGAUAACCAGCACUGACUACUCCCUCUCAGAUUUGCCUCAAAGUAGCAGCCAUGCCCAGUGCUUUUCCAAUUCCAGCUACCACACACUGGUGUACGGGGGGUCUGCCACCAGCCAGGCCAGCACUCUGGACAGGAACAGCCCCACCAAGCUCAGUAACAAGUCCCUUGACAGAGACACAGCAGGCUGGACCCCCUACAGCUAUGUGAACGUGUUAGACUCCCAUUUCCAGAUCAGUGCCCUGGAGGCCAGGUACCCGCCCGAGGACUUCUACAUUGAACUUAGACACCUCAGCCACCCCGCUGAGCCACACUCACCAGGUGCUUGUGGAAUGGAUAGAUGUCAGAACACAUACAUUAUGGACAAAGGCUUCAAAGAUUACAUGAAAGAAUCCGUGUGCAGUUCUAGUUCUUGUUCCUUGAAUAGCAGUGAAAACCCUUAUGCCACAAUUAAGGACCCACCCAUCCUCACCUGCAAGCUUCCAGAGAACAGCUAUGUAGAAAUGAAGUCGCCUGUGCACAGGGGUUCUCCGUACACAGAUGUGCCAUCUUUGUCGACAUCUAAUAAAAAUAUAUAUGAAGUUGAGCCCACAGUCAUUGUGGUCCAAGAAGGCCGCGGUCAUAACUCCAGCUAUAUCCAGAAUCCAUACGACCUACCUAGGAACAGCCAUAUUCCUGGUCAUUAUGACCUCCUCCCAUUAAGACAGAGCCCUGCAAAUGGGCCCUCCCAGGACAAGCAGUCUUAA